AUGAGCGGCAGCGGCGUGGGAGUGGUUCUCGCCGCAUUCGCCGCGGCGCUGGUCCCGUUGCUGUGGGCGGCGCUGGUGCGCCAGGUGUGGCGGCCGGCGUCCGGGGCCCGCCGGUACCGCUUCUACGUGGGCAACAACCCGGAAGCGAGGGCGAUGCUGGCGGCGGCGGCGAGCGGCGAGGCGCUGGAGCGGAGCUCCAACGACAUCGUCCCCCGCGUGAUGCCGCACGUUCGCGCGUGGGCGUCGCUCUACGGCAAGGUGUUCCUGUCGUGGACCGGCUCGACGCCGAGGCUGUGGGCGGGCGACCUCGACAUGGCGAAGCGGAUCCUCUCCGACAAGGCCGGGCUGUACGUGAAGCCCGACCCGGGAUCCGCCUUGCUAGCGCUCUUGGGCAUGGGCCUCGCCUUCACCGAGGGCGACGACUGA